AUGGCGAUCACUGCGCCAGUUUUCACCGUGAUGUACAGAAAUUGUGACCGCGGAGGACAUCCACGGUUUCUGGAGUUUGAAGAGGGUGAGUCUGCCAAGACAGUAUCGCAGAGGGACAUCACUCAGAUGGUGGAUAUCGCAAGCGCCACAAAAUAUUUUGAACUGAUCUUGCCGAAAUUUGGACCGUACAGGGUCGACUAUACAAGAAAUGGUCGUCAGCUUCUUCUCGGCGGUCAUAUGGGUCACUUGGCGGUAAUUGAUUGGUUCAGUAAAGAACUGGCUUUUGAAAUCAAUGUUAUGGAAUCGAUUAGAGACGUUCAGUGGCUGCAUAACGAAAUGUUGAUGGCGGUGGCGCAGAAACGUUGGACCCAUGUGUAUGACAGUCGUGGUACUGAGGUUCACGUCAUCAAACAGUUGCACAACGUAUUGCGACUCGAGUUCCUGCCAUACCACUUCCUGUUGGUUGCAUCGAAUGCCAAGUCAUUCCUUAGUUGGGUUGACGUUUCCAUUGGCAAAGUGAUUAAAAGCACUUACGUAAGAAAAAACCGGCUCGAUGUGAUGUGUCAGAAUCCGGCAAAUGCCAUCAUACAUUGUGGGCAUCCACGUGGAACUGUCUCUCUCUGGUCACCUAACAGUGAACAACCGUUGGUUAGUAUGCUGUGCCACUCAACGGCUGUUAGAGGACUUGCUGUCGACCCGACUGGCACGUAUAUGGCGACAUCAGGCAUGGAAAAGCAGUUGAAAAUCUGGGAUUUGAGAAUGUAUAAGCAAGUGCAAGGAAUUAAAGUGCCGGUGCCAGUAAAUUGUCUUGCAUUCAGCCAGCGUAAAGUUCUAGCUGCCGGCUCCGGAGGCUACGUUAAGGUAUACCGAGACGUGUGUAGCUCUUUAAGGAGCUUUCCAUAUUUGAGUCACAAUUGCAGGGAGAUUGUAACGGACGUGCGUUUCUGUCCGUUCGAGGAUGUACUUGGAGUGGGCCACCGCGGUGGAUUCGCAAGCCUUCUCGUGCCUGGGGCAGGCGAACCUAAUGUAGACGCUUUUGAAGCCAAUCCACAUCAGUCAAGCGCUCAGCGCAGGGAAGCCGAAGUUCGCCUUUUGCUAGAUAAGAUUCAGCCUGAAAUGAUCAUGUUGGAUAGCGAGAUUGUCGGUAAAGUGGAUAGAGAAGGCUUACUUGCUAAAACGGGCGUUUCAGCAGAAACGGUUAUUCAUUUUCAGUUCAUCAUCUGCAAGUUUCUAGUGAUCUUUCUGUUGUUUAGAGUUUCAAACCUGGACGAAUGA